CGUAUUGCGUAAAAACUAUCCACGGCCGGGAAAGCCCGUCGUUGAAUGCUGUAGCUAUCACUACGAUGUCCUGCAUGUGUCUGUCUUUACAAGCAAUCGAAUUAUCAACCUUCUCAUGUAGCAAGCUGCUUACCUGAAACCUCAUUUUUGGAUAGAGUGAUAGUAGAAGUGUCAUUUCAGUAUGAAUGAGCCAGAGGGACUGCGGUUCAGGAGGCUGAACAGACCACAGAUUAUCACAGACGAAUUACAGGAACCCCAAUACAAGGGCACCAGUACCUACAGUGGAAAGGUAUUCCGUGUGACCCUGGUGACCCUGGGAGGAUGCCUGAUCCUUCCAUUGCUUGUAGUCUUUUUUCUGCUCGAGUCUCCUAUUCACCCUGAGCUGCUCAGCCUCAAUGAGCCUCCCCUUAUGUCUGGGUGUUACGAGCCCAACAUUAAGCUGAGGGAAGCACAGCGGCUGUUUGAGGACCAGCUUGUUGGCCCAGAGUCCAUUGCCAACUUCGGAGAUGUCAUUUACACAGGUACGGCUGACGGGAAGAUAGUGAAGAUUGAAGGCAAGAGCAUCACUGUUAUAGCCAGACUUGGCAAGCCACCGUGUGAUGGAUCCCGUGAGCAGGAGCCUAGCUGUGGACGACCCCUGGGUAUCAGAGUGGGUCCUAACGGUACCCUUUUUGUAGCUGACGCCUAUCUGGGGCUGUUCGAGAUCAACCCUGUCACAGGUGAGGUGACCAACCUGGUGUCGGCUGGGCAGAUGGUUGGGGGCCGGAGGCUCUCCUUCGUCAAUGACCUGGAUGUAACACAGGAUGGGAGAAAAGUGUACUUCACAGACUCUAGCAGCAGGUGGCAGCGCAGAGACUACCUUCAUCUCAUCAUGGAGGCCACAGCAGAUGGACGUGUGUUAGAGUACGACACAGAGACCAAGGAGGUAACCGUGUUGAUGGAGAACCUUCGUUUUGCCAACGGGAUCCAGCUUUUCCCUGAUGAGGAGUCUGUGCUGGUGACUGAGACUACCAUGGCUAGGAUUCGCAGGGUCCAUGUGUCAGGUCUAAAUAAAGGAGGAAUGGACACAUUUGUUGACAACCUGCCUGGUUUCCCUGACAAUAUCCGUCGCAGCUCUUCUGGAGGGUACUGGGUGGCCAUGUCAGCGGUGAGGCCCAACCCUGGCUUCUCCAUGCUGGACUUCCUGUCCCAGAAGCCCUGGAUCAAGAAGCUCAUCUUUAAGGGUCUGGAAAACUGGUCAGAAUUGAAGGAGUGAUGGAUGGCGCUAAAUACAAGGAAAUUCUUGCUGCAAACCUGCUUGUCUUCCAGAGAACCCAUCCAACUUGAAGGCGCUGGAGCAGUUUUGCCUUGAAGAAUGGGCAAAAAUCCCACUGGCUAGAUGUGCCAAGCUUAUAGAGACAUACCCCAAGAGACUUGCAGCUUUAAACACUGCAAAAGGUGGCUCUAAAAAGUAUUGACUUUGGGGGGUUGAAGUUUUCUUGUCAUUUUUCGUUUUUUUGUCUUGUUUCACAAUAACAUAUAUUUUGUGUCUUUAAAGUGGUAGGCAUGUUGUGUAAAUUAAAUGAUACAAACCCCCCAAAAAUCUAUUAAAAGAAAAAUGCCAAGGGGGGUGAAUACUUUCGCAAGCCACUGUAGGAUCUUGCCAGCUGGAAACUUGCCUAACAAAUAUUAAAGGGAUACACACACCUCAUUCAUUGUGACCAUGAGACCAGUUUGUUUGUUUGUGUGAUGUUGUCUAUUUCAGUCGUGUUUUGGUGCUAUGACUUAUUCCUUUCUCCUUCCCUCUCCCUGCAGCUCUUCAGCCAAGACAUGCUGAUGAAGUUUGUGCCUCGCUACAGCCUGGUUAUAGAGCUGCAGGAGAGCGGGACGUGCGUGCGUAGCUUCCAUGACCCCCACGGCAUGGUGGCGGCCUACGUCAGUGAGGCACACGAGCACGAUGGCCACCUCUACUUAGGCUCUUUCCGCUCCCCUUACCUCUGCAAGCUGGAUCUCAGCAAGGUGUGAGCUGAGAGCUGAGCACAACCACUUUCUCAGACACGACCCAUAUAUGAGACUGCUGUCUGCCUACCUAACACCUCACUACCUAGUCUGUUUUCCAAUAACAGCAAAUACAUCAGAAUUGAAAAGAAUGGCUUCAUGCUUGAUAUGCUGCAUUUGCAUUGCUUUUCACCAGCUUCAGGAAAAAAUGGACUAGUCUUCAUUAAGUAUCUGCACUAUUAAGGCGCAUUUGACUGGGAUGCAUAUCCAUCCUUUCUAGUCUUAUCAGCCUACAAUUAACUAUUAACCCUUUAAUUUCUGUUGACAGUGCAUCUCAGUAGUUUCUCAAGGAAUGUUUUUUAUUUAACCAAACAGUCUUUGGGCCAAAUAGUUUGCCCAAAUAUCGCCAUGUAAGUACAUUGUCUUUUAGGUCUGUGUUUUAGGUUGUUGAAAUGUGCCAAAUUUGUUCUUAUUUUUGUUUUGUUUGUUUAAACCAUUCAGUAUCUCAACUUUUAAUUUCAUUUUUGCACUAAGCUCUCAUCUCACCCUUACAUAUAACUGACAAUGUUAUUAUUGUACUUGGAGAAUUUCAAAGAGUUAAUUUUAUCAGUUGAAAUACACACCGAGUAUUAUUUUAGGAGUGCCACUUUGAACUGAUUUAUUUUGUGUAUAUUUAGAAAUCCAAGAUCUUGUUCAUCAUAAUAAAGGUGAUGCAAAAAGAUUCCAAAAUAAGUAUGAAUCAUUUCCCCUUGUUGUGAUACAUUUCAUCUGCUUUUGUAUAUUGCACUGUCAACUACCUUACGUAAUGUAAAUGUUUUGCUCGAUGUUGAAUGCUGCUAGCCUUCAGCUGAGUUUCCUUUGAAUUAAAACAGUAAUGUUUUAAAA